CCUUAUUCACUGUUCUACACGGAACGGUAGCAAGUCACGGGUAUUGUUCAGGCUGAUUGGGAGUUAGAACGAUAACAAGUGAUUAUUAGGAUCAUGAUACUCCUCAGUUUAUGGGCUAAGAUGACUACCGUGAUAUAACGUACGUUUUUUUUUUUUUCCAUAAUGCUUCAAAUGCUUGUUGUCAGAUCACUGUAGCUAAUGCUGUUGCUUGCUAACGCCAAGGCUAAUGUGGAUCACUAAAAUGCCUCGCUGAGGAACUGAGGUUUUGUUUUCGUCUGAAUCUUUUCAUUCUCAUUAAGUGACGCACGGCAGAACGCGUGCAGUGAGCUAACUUUCUGAUGGCAGUCGCUCCUGCCUCAAUGGCAGAUAAAAUCAUAGUCCUUGAUGACGAUGAUGAAGAGGAGAGUCGUCAGUCUUCGACUUCAGCCUCCAGAGGAUCUUCACGGAAAAAUGCCAAGCAAGUCUCUCCGCUCAAAGCAGAGCAGCCCGCGCCUACCCACAUCACACAGUCCCCCUUUGCCUCAGCCAAGAAAGAGGCGCAUGUCCUUCAGGUGGAGAACGAGAAGCUGUUCAGUGAGUUUGUAGACCACUGUACAGCGCAGACCCAGGACUGCCCUGAAGUUAUUACUUUUCUCAAAACAAAACACACCAAGGCCUCUCCCAGUUUCCUUUCAUCAGUGGAAUUCAGAAACUUUUUGGGAAGAUGUUUAACUCGCGCUCAGGCCAACAGCUCCAAAACAUUUGUCUAUAUCAAUGAACUGUGCACAUUGCUACGGCAGCAUGGGGUCAAGAAGAGGCAAAGUCUCUCCAAACCAGAACUGUCAAAAUCUACUUCAAAUGCGCUCUUCUCUGGCUCAAAACCAGAGGAUAAGGCUGAAGCUGCAGAGGAGGAGGAGCAGCCAUCUACCUCAGGGGUGCACGAGGACAGUGAAUCAGAUCGAAAAACUGCUAGGAAAUCAAGGAAGCAGAUUGCAUACUUGGAAAAUUUACUGAAAGUUUAUAAUGAUGAGAUUCGCCGCCUUCAAGAAGCUGAUUUGAGUUUAGACGACCUUGGAGCAGAGGAUUCCCUGUACAUCCAGGAGCACAAGCUUAAACGCAAGAUGAUGAAGAUUUACGAAAAGCUGUGUGAAUUAAAGGGCUGCAGCACUUUGACUGGGAGAGUGAUGGAACAGCGCAUUUCUUACAGUGGCUCUCGAUAUCCUGAGAUCAACAAGAGGAUUGAGAAGUUCAUAAACAGCCCAGAAGCUCGGGAGACCCCCCCUGAUUACCCAGACAUCUAUCAGCAGGUAGUUCGAGCCAAUGAGCGCUACAACCUGUGUCUGUCGCGGAAGCAGCUCGUAGAAAUCGCCAAAGAGGCCUUCAGGGACACGGCCAGUCGCAUCCAGGACCGACGCCACUUGGACCUGGUCUAUAACUUUGGUUCCCACCUCACGGACUCCUACAAACCUGCUUGUGAUCCAGCUCUUGAGGAUCCAACACUUUCGCGAAAGCUACGAUCAAACAGGGAACUCGCCCUAAACCGACUGGAAGAAGUCAUCACCAAAUACGCCACUAAGCAAGAUGACACCGAGGAGCAGGAGAGGCUGAAACGCUCAGAAAAGGACAAAUCAAAUAAAGAGGGAAAUGUAUCGAAAAAUAGUAAAGCACCCGAGGCUAAUGGAGUUCAGGACGAUGAGGAUGAAGAGGAGGAAGAUGAGCCAGAGGAAGAAGAGGAUGAAGAUGAUCUGUCGUCAGACCCAGACAUCGAAGAGGAGAUUCAGGCCAGCUCUCAGUUCAACGGAGCAGAGGGCGCAAGUGAGGAAGAGGAGGAGACCAAUGAGGCAGAGCAAGUUGUUGACGAUGCGGACAAGGAUCAGAUGUCUCCCAGUGUUUCGGCGAGUGACAAAGGAGAGGAGGACGUCAGCGACCUCAGUCCAAUAUCCCAACAGAGCAAGUCCCUUCUCACACCGCUCUCCACCUCCCCCCAAGACAGCCCCAGCCAAUCAGAAGAAGCCGCCAGCAACGAGCAGAAGCCCCUUAGCAAUGGGACGGUCGAAUCCACCAAUCAGGAGGUGGUCGUGCUUGUUACGGACACAAACGCAAAAGACAAUACGGCGGUCUCGGAAAACGGAGUGAAACAGUGCAGGACCUCCAGUACCACGCCUCCCCCGGAUACGACCCGGGCAACCAGAUCCCAGAAGAGGAAGAGAGAGGAAGUGACAUCAGUGAAGUCCAUCACAUGUGACGGCGACGCCGAUAUUUCACUGGAUAUGGGCGUCUACAGUUCUCCGCAGCGACCUCGGGCUGAGACCCCUCCUUACGUCAGUAGUUCUCAGUCCACUCCGCCUCCAAAGAAGAACAAGGUCAAUGUAGCCACACAAUGUGACCCUCAGGAAGUCAUUGAGCUGUCGGACUCAGAUUGAUCCUUGUCUAUGAACUGUUUUGAAAAGUAUUCAAGAUUUUCAAUGGUCGUAUUAGUUUUUUAGGGUUAUCUCUGAAUAAAUUGCAGAAAAGUUUGUGGAAAAAUCCUGUUUUUUUUAAGGACUAAUGCAGGGACGUCAAUAAACCAGUGCCUAAUAUCCAUUAUAUUUUUUGAUUGUCUGAAUAGAUUGCCUUUGUAUGCUGUUUGUAAGGGGCUUAUAUUUUAAAAUUGAGAUGGAGGUCAGGGGCAUAUAGGGCAGAGUGAUCCAUGUAAGGUCAUAUUUUUUAAAUUCUUUUCAUCUGUUUAAUGCAACUCUUAGAAAAACCCACCCACUCCUCCUUGUGCUCGGUCCAUGCAAAGCUCUGAUUGGUUAUAUCCACCUCAAUCACAGUGAAAUACCAACUUUUUGAAAUGUAAUAUUUUUGUGACGCCUACUCCUAGGUGGAACUUAUAUGUUAUAACUGCUGUUAAUGAUUAAAAACAUUUUAGUCUGGUUCAUAGUUGAUAUUUCAUGCAAUGGGUAUUUAAACAUAAAGCAACAUUUUCAGUCUCCCCUUUUUUAAUGUCAAACAGUGGGUUUAUUAGAAUCUUUUACAAUCCCUUUUUUUAAUAUAUAUAUAACUAACACCCUCCACCACAAAACUUUAAAAACUUGAAAUUGCAGAUAAUAAUGCAUCAUAUUAUACAUUUGGCAAUUUGAUGUUUUUGACAAUAAUAAAUGUUAAAAUCACUUCUUUUUAAAAUUUUUAAAUAUCAUCAGCUUAGAUCUCCAUAUUAAAACAUCUUACUGGUUUGUUUACACCAUACAUUAUAUAUUUCAAUUUACAAAUAAAAGGGGGUUGAACUUUUAUGCUGCUGUUGACAGUAGUUGAAUUGUCAAAUGUUUUGUUUUUCUUUUAGUCUUAAAACUAGUCCUAGUAAAUCCCUUAACUUUCAUCCAAACUUAUCUUUGUUUUGUAAAAAUGUUUCAAUUGUUAUUGCAUUUUACUUGCAAUAAAUCAAAUCAAAAGGACAGAACAAUAUCUGAUUUUAGGUUAUCAUUCAUUAAACUCACACUUGUGUAAAUAAUGUAAUAAUUUGAACAAUUCUGCAAAAAUCCUGAUGGGAUAUUUAGAAAGCCUUAAUUUGAUAUAUUGGAAGUUUAAACUCAGAAAGCUAUAAAAUAUUCAUAAAAGGCUCCUGAAAUCUAAAUUAUACAGGAUGAAUGAGCACGUUUUAAAUGUAGGUGCUGUAUCAUUCAUAAUGUUUAUAGCAUACUCAGUCUAGUCUUUUGGCCAUGUUUUUUUUAAUGUUCUAUUCUCAUGUUUUUGGGUAUUGCUAAAACUCUUGGGUGCUACAGUACGGAGAAGCAUUUACUGUGAAUCUUUUUCAAUUUUUAUAACAAAAUAAAUGCUUUACUUUUGUA